AUGUUUCCGGAACAUUUCCGGAAAACUUUCUCUAACAAGGUAUUAAUACGAUUCCGGAAACUAUUAAAAUUAAUUCUUGAAAAAAUAAAUGAUCAUCCUUCCGGAAAACACUUUUUCGAACUAGAGAAAAUACAUUUCUUGUUAUUUUCCGGAAGGUUUAUUAAUUCGUGUGUUUUCUCGAAUAAAUUAAAAAAUCCAAAAAUUAAACUAAAAAAAUUAAAUUUUAAAAGUUGUUCAACAGAUCCUUUGAUUGUAGAUGACCCUGAAUAUGAAAAAGAAAAUUUAGUUGCUUAUGCAAGAGCGAGAGUUUUCUCGCUUCGACCGGAAUCACAUUUUCUGAGGUUUUCGUGUAAAUUAAGUCUUUGCCUACGUCAAAAUGAUGGAUGUUUGGGGUUAACUCCACCUUCUUGUCCCCCAACAAAUGCCAGUCGCAUACCUUCCCACCAUCACCCUUCAGAAAAAGCACCUGCAGCUUUAAGUCAACAUUUGCUCUCUCCCCAACUUACAGUCAAUUCUGGCAGUUCAACAGCCACAACUUCAUCUACUCCUCCUCGUCUGCCUUUCCAUGGUUCUGCUGCUUCUUUUGGAGGAACUGGUAAAUCAUCACUUGUUGAUUCUGCUUGGACUAUUGGACUUGUUUUGGGUGUGUCUGUAUUGCUUGGUCUAUUUUUUGGAUUGGCUACAUUUCUGAUUCAGUCUCAUCAUAGGAGAAACCGGCAAAAAAGACUUGUUCAAUGGGUAGGAUAA